GUUCGCAGCUCGUGAAAGACAGUGCACUUUGAGAAAGCCCAUCGUAGGCUGUCUCGACGUGUAUGUUUUGAACGAUUCGCAACAUGUUAAUGAGUUUUUACCAGAUUUUAAUUAAAAAUUCAUGCAGCGUGUUCAGUAUACGAAAGAAAAUUAAUAGUGCAAGACAUUUACCCUCUUGAUUAAGUAUUUUCGUUAGUAUCAAUUGUGCAAUAAGGAAAGUGAAGAACGAUGCCAGGCAAAGGAGGCAGGAGACGAAAAUCCGGUCAUGGUGGAAAGAGAGCUGAGUUAACAUCUGAUGAAGAUUCUAUCAAUAACGAUGCAUGUAGCGUGUCCAGCAGUCAAUCUGAUAAUCGCAGCAUGUUAGAUGAUGUAAACGACAAUGAGGUUGAUGAACUUACGCAGCAAGAAGCAUUCGAAGAAAAACUAAAGGAAGCAAUCGAUGGUCUAACACAGAAGAGCGCGAAAGGCAGAACAAUCUGUUUCAAUGGAAUGGAGAAAAUAUUUGCUAUCAAGUAUAUUCCAGAUUUUGUAGAAGAUAGGAAAAUGACCAUCACAGAUUCGGUAGAGCGAGGUUUGAAGAAGGGCCGUAGCGAAGAACAAUCUACCGCAGCCAGAUUAAGUACUUUGCUUUGUGUUCAACUGGGGGCUUUUGAAAGUGCAGAGAUAGUCUGUCGAGAUUUAAAGAGUACUUUGACUUUUAUAGCCAGUGACACCACAGCUUCUACACAAGCACGUUCAGAGUGUUGUUGGGCUCUGAGCAUGAAUCAAUUUUUAUCAGGCAAUGACGCGACCGCUACUAUUGAAAUCAUGCAAUUGCUAUCUAGUAUUUUUUCUGGUUCUUAUCUAAAAGGGAAUGGUGCUAUAGCAACUAUUUCUUCAGAGGUCGCAGCAUUACACGCUGCUGCCAUUUCAUCAUGGACGCUUCUUUUAACAGUAAUGGCACCAGCUGAUAUAUACAAUUUACUUGCGAGUGAUAGAACCAAUAGCUACAUGCCGUCCUUGAAUAGAUUGCGCGAGUUAUUGAAAUCACCACAUUUGGACAUAAGGUUGUCGGCUGGAGAGACUUUAGCUAUAAUAUUCGAGCUUGGUCGCGAUUUUUCUGACGACUACGAGCAAGAUUGGUCAUUGGAUUUAAUCGAGAUAUUAAAAGAUCUGGCUACGGAUUCGAAUAAGUACAGAGCAAAAAAAGAUCGUAAGCAACAGAGAGCUAAUUUCAGAGAUAUACUUCGCUACAUAGAGGAGGACAUCGUACCAGAAAUGCAUGUAAAAUUUGGCCAAGAAAUUCUGUAUUUGGAAGGAUGGUGUGCACGAACUCAGUACAACGCGUGUUGUAGAUUACUUGGUCCAGGUAUAAAUAUUCAUCUUGCAGAAAAUCAUCUCCUGCGCGAAAUUUUUCAUCUUGGUAACAAAGUUUUACCAAUAUCACUCAACCAGAAAACUACUAAAUUGGAAAGGACACUGAUGAAUGCAGCUGCAUUUAAAGCACGUACGAUACAACGUAAUAAAAACCGAGACAAACGAUCAGCAGCCUUGGCACCGUAAUUCUUCAACUUUCUGCUUUUAUACACUAGAUAAUUUUUUUAAAAUAAGGAAACAUAAUUAAAAUUUUUAUUUAUUAUAUGUUUAUUAUAGAUUCUGUAAGUACUGGAGAAAAUUUAUUGCGUACUAUUUUUCACGAUGGAUUAUUUUAAAUUGUAAAUAGAGAUGAGCAAAAAAAAGAAAAUAUUAUACUUUGAAUAUUCUGUUUUAAUUGAUUAAAUAGAAAAUUUGUUUUAACUUGUUCCUAAUUGUAACUGAGACCAUUAUUGUUACUCAAUGUUGUUUAAUACUAUUUAAAUUUUGUAUAUACUUUAUUGAAAUAUGUAUAUACUACAAAUACUCGAUUAUUAUAUUUGUUUUUCUCUAUUGAAUUUAAUGAAUAUUGCUAUGUUAGUACAUUCUGUAAAAAGAAUUUGUUUCUAACUCUGAUGCUCGAAUUAUUAUCGAUGUUUUAAUUUUUACAAAUAAUUAAUUUGGAAUGUAUACAAAAUCAUAUACUAAUUAUAAUCAUCUAUUUAAAUAAGUAUUAGAUGUAACUAUUUAAAUAAGUUACCUUGUCUAUAUAUAUAAAAAUAUAGAAGUUGGCAUUGUACAUAAUUACAUAAGUUAUAACAUAGCAUAGGAAUUCUUGGUUAUAUAUUAUAUGAUAAAAUAAAGUAGAAAUACUUGUAA